AUGGACAUAUUCCGCCAAUUGCAAAUUAACAUUCCUUUUUUUGAAGCUUUGGAGCAAAUGCCGAAGUACGCAAAGUUCAUGAAAGAUAUUCUUUCAAAGAAGAAAAAGAACAACGAGCCUGAAACUGUCAUCCUUGAUGCGAAGUGUAAUGAAAUUAUUCAAAGUACCUUACCGAGAAAGGAAAGCGAUCCAGGAAGAGUCAUUUUGCCGGUUACCAUUGGUGAUAUUCAUGUUGGAAGAGGUUUAGUUGAUUUGGGCUCUAGUAUCAAUCUUAUUCCAUUGUCCAUGGUGAAGAGGUUAGAUACUUUUUACUUAAAAGCAACAAGAAUGACAUUACAACUGGCUGAUAAGUCCACAACUCGUCCUUAUGGAGUUGCGGAAGAUUUACUUGUGAAAGUGGACAAAUUCUUGUUUCCCGUUGAUUUUGUUGUUAUCGACAUGGAGGAAGAUAUUGAUACACCCUUGAUUCUUGGAAGGCCUUUCAUGAAAACGGUAAGGAUGAUGAUCGAUAUUGAUGAUGGCUUAAUGAAGUUGAGAUUCCAAGACGAAGAAAAAACAUUGACCGAAGCUCUUGAAGUUCUUAAUGAAGACGAAGAAAAAGAGAUUGAAGCAUGUUUGCGAGAUCUUGAUGUAUCCAAAGAGAUAAAUCAUUUUGAUGCAAAGAUUGAAGAGUUGAAAGAUGAGCCAAAGAUUGAUAAUGAAAAGUUAGAAUUGAAGAUGUUACCAUCCCACUUGAAAUAUGUGUUUCUUGAAGAAGGUGGAAAGAAACCGGUGAUCAUCAGUGGUUCAUUGUUAAGAAAGGAAGAGGAUAAGUUGAUUCAUGUGUUAAAAGCUAACAAGGAAGCAAUAGGUUGGGUUCUCUAA